AUGGCGUAUUCUUAUAACGUGGCCGAGGCGCCUCCCGACGACGCAGCCAGCGUGCAGCACGACGUCCGACGCGCCAAGAAAUUUCUCCAGAAACGCAGCCCGGAAUCGGGCGACAGCCUAUACGACCACUUAACCGAGCUUUUAGCGAAGAUCUUGGCCGAACGGCCGCGAAACGCAGUCGACAGCUUUGAGCAGUACAGCAGGAAACUGAAGGAAGAGAGGUUUAAGACUAAGACGGAUCAUCUGCGGGAUCUGUACGUGCCACCCGUGCAGUACGACGACGCCAAGAAGCUCAUUAGGCUCUUCCAGCAGCAGCGGUUCGACGAGCGGGGCGAGGGGGAGAAGAUGGCUGCUGACGAGGGCGAGGACGAGGACGACGAGAAGAAGAAGUGUCCCGACAUGUUGGAUCUUUUGUUCCACCUUGAGCGAACGGGUGUAGGAUUGCCGCGGCACGAGAUGGUGUUGCUUAAUUUAUCGAUUCGCAAGCUCGCCUCCGAGGUACCGGUUGAAAAUAUUAGAUUUUGGGGCAAGAUACUCGGCACGCCCAGAAAUUAUUACGUGGUGGAGGCGGAACUUCGGCCGGACGAGUUGGCCCGAAGAUCGCAGGUAAAAUAUCACUGUCGAAUUUAUAAUAGGCGCGCGAUAGCACAUCCCACAAUACGCGCUUUCGUUUUCGCUCUCAUUUCUCGCCGACGAUUACCCGAAUCGAGAAAAUCCACGCCGAGAUUUGUACUCGUUGCGAUUCGACAAAUUCACCGCGAUCCGCUCGCGUAUGGAAAAUCCUCCGAGAGUAUUCUUGUAUUUUCUCGGAAAAUAACGCAGGAAGAAGCACAGAGAGAAGACAGAGACAGACGAGAGAGGGGUGAAAACAAAGCCGCGGCGAGGGUGAAGCUCGCGGAGGGUGAAACCGCGACGAGAACCGAGAACGAGGCCGCGGCGGGAGCCAUCACGGCGGCGGAAGUCCUGCGCGAGGACGACGGAAGCAAGCCUUUGGAGCUUGUUCUGCCGCCGCUGCCUGUUAAUCCGUGGCAACCGGCGGCGCAAGUGCCGGCCGAAAGAAUCGGGAGCGGUCUCAAUAAAAAGCUGUAUUUUGUAUGCAACGCGCCCGGCCUGGACGAGUGGAUCGAACUUCCGCCGGUAACGCCGCAGCAGAUAAUAAUUGCACGACAGAUUGUCCGAUACUGCACGGGAAACUUGGAGACGCUGAUUCGCAGUUUUCCGCCGUUUCCCGGCAUCGAGAAGCAUUACCUCCGCGCGCAGAUUGCGAGGAUCAGCGCGGCCACUCACGUCUCGCCGAUCGGCUUCUUCACGCUCGGCGGGGAUGUCGAAGACGAAGAAGCGGAGGAGGAGAGGAGAACGGAGGUUUACGAGGAAGGCGAGCUGUCGGAGAACCCGCACUACGAUCCACCGGCGAUCGAGGAUCUCAUGGAUCCUUCAAACUGGUGCCACCACAGCCCGUACAUUCUCGAGCAAGGACGGGCGGUUUGGUGGAGUCCCGAGAAAGAGGAAGAAAUUGCGGAUGUCAGUCCGUAGAGGAAAACGUUCUCAUCGACAAUUGCGCGAGAAAAAUUGACGAAAACUAAUUCCCGUGAUCUCACACAGGAGGAACUCGAGGAAGAAGAAGAAGAAGAAGAAGAAGAAGAAGAAGAAGAGGCGGAGGAGGAGGACGAAACCAGGACGACCAAGGACGACCAACGAGAGAUCGGACCGCCUCUCUUAACUCCGUUAUCCGAGGACGCGCUUGUCGACUUCGUGACGCCGUGGACCAUCGGACAAUCGUCGCGGGUGCAACCGGACAUCGCGGUGGCUGCGGUCAGAUCGAACGUCUGGCCCGGAGCUUUCGCGUUUGCAGUUGGAAAACGCUUCGCCAACGUGUACAUCGGCUGGGGCCACAAACACAACGCCUACAACUACAGUCCGCCCAACAUGCCGCCUGUCCAGGAUCAGUACAAGAUCGGGCCGGAGGUCAUGGAAAUCCGCGACCCCACCGCUGAAGAAGAAGAGGCGGAUCGAAUCGCGCGCUCACCGCCGCCGUUACCAACCGGAGAAGAGGAGGCACUGGGUGAAGAGGAAGAAGAGGAGGAAGAGGAAGAUGAUGAGGAAGACGAGGACGACGAAUAAUUUCUUUUACGCGCCGCCGAGUAUACUUUUAACUGUUGCGUGUGUCGAUGAUAUUUAGAUUAUGUGUUAUAUGUAUAUUAUAUAUUUUUGUCUCUUGUGCG